AUGGCCGGAAAAAGAAUUCUAUUCUUGCUUUUGGUGCCACAGCUUGCUCUGGGACGAAUUGACCGACAGCAUGUAGUGUCCAAGUAUAAUGUUGUUCGCACGAGUCUAAUCGACAAUGAAACGACGCCUCUCCAAGUGGGCAAUGGAAACUUUGCCUUUAAUGUUGAUAACACAGGCAUGCAGUCUUUUCUUCCAUUCAACACUUUGUCAAGCUGGGCGUGGCACAAUGAUUCAUUGCCAGCAAAUGGCGAGAAAAUCGAGGACUAUCACGGUGUGGCGAUGUUGACCCACGACCGCAACGUCUCCUAUGACAUUCCGGACCCCGGUCUACCACAAGCAUCGCAAUGGCUUAUUUCCAACCCGAACCGAAUCAACUUGGGACGAAUUGGGCUUCAGUACAAGGGCGAGUUCCUCACAGCGUCACAAAUUAGUGAUCCGCGUCAAGAACUGGAUCUGUGGAGCGGCGUUAUCACCUCCACUUUCAAAGUCGACGGUCAACUGGUGAAAGUGGUGACGCAGGGCGAUCUCGAAUCUGACUCGGCUGUUUUUGAGAUUCAGUCGGAUCUUCUCUUUUCUGGGGAUCUAACCGUUGGAUUAGAUUUUCCUUAUCCCCCAAUCCACUCGACAAAGUACAAAUAUGAGGUGUUUGUCGGCAGUUACGAUUUCCCGCAGAACCAUACCACGUCGAUUGUUAGAAAGACAGAGGACCGGGCACAUAUUUUCCAUCAGCUACAGGAGACAACAUACUUCGUGAAUCUGCGAUGGUUUGCUUCUUCUUUGCAAUUGUCUCGCGCGAGCAAUGCGACUCACCGCUAUACUCUUGCGCCGUCAUCCUCAUCUAUCCUGAAAUUCACUGCCAAUUUUGCGCUGGACAAGCAGGUGCCAGAUUCCCCAUCCGCUCUCCAACACCAAAUUCCCAUCGACUGGAAGAAAUACUGGACCCGUGGAGGGUUCGUCGACCUUACCGCAUCGUCCAAUCCUAAAGCGAAUGAACUUCAGCGUCGUAUUAUCCUGUCACUAUAUCAUGUACGGGUCAACAGUGCGGCGAAAGGACAGUCACCCCAGGAGAGUGGUCUGAUGAACAAUGGGUGGUAUGGUAAAUUCCAUAUGGAAAUGGUAGUCUGGCACAAUGCCCACUGGGCGACUUGGGGUCGGCAAGAACAUUUUGACAAUAUCUUUCCAGCAUUGUAUGAGAGCUUGUUGCCGUCGUCUCUUGCACGAGCCAAGGCUAUGGGGUGGGAUGGAGCACGGUGGCCCAAAAUGACCGAUAUUGAGAGUGGCAUCAGCUCACCUGGCGGUAUCAACGGCCUUCUCAUGUGGCAGCAGCCCCAUCCUAUGUAUCUUGCGACACUGGCGUAUCAAGCCUCACCAACACGCAAGACUCUUGAACGAUGGGAUCGCAUCUUGACAGCCACUGCAGACUAUAUGGCUUCAUAUGCUUGGAAGAAUGAGACCUCCGGUUACUAUGAUCUUGGACCGCCAGCAUACGGUGUCACCGAAAAUACUCCACCCACGCAGAGCCUGAAUCUAGCAUACGAGAUUGCCUACUGGCGAUACGGCCUGGAUGUCGCCCGCUCAUGGAAGAGAAAACUCGGCCAGCGAGUGCCCGAUUCAUGGACAACUGUUGCGGAGAAUCUAGCACCACCGCCUCAAGUCGACGGACUUUAUGCCGUCUAUCAAGGCCUGAAUAGCUCUUGGUGGAAUGAUACGUCUCUUACUAAGGAUCCUCGCAGCUUGAUUAUGUUGCAGGGUAUCCUGCCCGAUACGCCCUCAGUGGACGCUAAAGUCGCAUUGGCAACGGCAAAGAAGGUCUGGGAAGUCUGGACAGAUGACAAGAUCAGAGGAUGGGGGAGGCCUGUGCUCGCCAUCAACGCUGCUCGGGUUGGGAGCCCAGAGAGAGCUAUAGGGCAUUUAACCGCCUAUGACUAUUGGAUCUUCGAUGAUGCUGGAUUCGCUGUCCGUGGUGGCGAUGGUGGCACUCCUCCUCCCUUUAUGCCGGGGAACGCGGGUUUCUUGUAUGCCGUGGCAUAUAUGGCAGCUGGCUGGAACGGAUCCCACGGCGAUGCUCCGGGGUUCCCUUCUGAUGGCAGCUGGGUAGUGAAACAUGAAGGCCUACGCAAGGCGCCAUAG